GGAACAGGAGGAAGUUCUAGAGUGGGGUUAUGGAGUUCUAGAAUGGAUCGAAUGGAACACAAGCAUGCCACCCAUAGCAGAGAGACAACCACAGUGACUCAUUUGCAAUUUCAUGGAAAUUGUGGGUUUGUGGAAAUAGCCUCAAAAAGGGGAUUCAGUCUGCAAACAUGGGAUACGAGGAGAACUGCGAGAAGUAUGUUGAGAGGAAAGGGAGGUUAACCACUGUGCUGGCCUUGGCUACCCUCAUCUCUGCUUUCGGCUCCUCUUUCCAGUAUGGGUACAACGUCGCGGUCGUCAACUCCCCGUCGCCGUUCAUCCAGACGUUCUACAACAAGACUUACAUGGAUCGCUAUGGGGAACCCAUGGACAGUAACUUCCUGACACUUUUGUGGUCCCUGUCUGUGUCCAUGUACCCCCUCGGUGGUUUCCUUGGGUCACUGAUGGUGGCACCGUUGGUUAACAAAAUAGGACGGAGGGGCACUCUCCUCUUCAACAACAUCUUCUCCAUCGUCCCAGCGGUGAUGAUGGGGUUGAGCGAGGUGGCCAAAUCCUACGAGAUCAUCAUCGUCGCCCGCAUCCUCGUGGGCAUCUGCGCAGGACUGUCCUCCAAUGUCGUGCCCAUGUACCUGGGCGAGCUCUCCCCCAAAAACCUGCGGGGCGCCAUCGGCAUCGUGCCUCAGCUCUUCAUCACCAUCGGCAUCCUCACCGCCCAGGUGUUCGGCAUAAGGGGCAUUCUGGGUAACAGCUCAGGUUGGCCCUUCAUGCUGGCUCUGACGGGCGUGCCCGCCGUCAUUGAGCUGUUCCUCUUGCCCUUCUUUCCCGAGAGCCCCAGGUACAUGCUCAUACAGAGAGGAGACGAGAAGACGGCUCGGAGAGACCUACAGCGCCUCCGGGGCCGGGAGGACGUGGACGAGGAGCUGCAGGAGAUGCGUGUGGAGGAGCAGUCGGAGCGGGCGGAGGGGCGCCUGUCCGUGCUCAACCUCUUCUCCUUCCGCUCCCUGCGCUGGCAGCUGGUCUCCAUCAUCGUCAUGAACAUGGGCCAGCAGCUGUCCGGCGUCAACGCGAUCUACUACUACGCAGACAGCAUCUACGCCACUGCUGGUGUCCGGGAGAAUGACAUCCAGUACGUCACAGUUGGAACGGGUGCCGUCAACGUCUUCAUGACCAUAGCUGCGGUGUUCAUUGUGGAGGCCUCUGGGCGGAGACUGCUCUUGCUCAGUGGUUUUGGCAUCUGCUGUGGGGCCUGCAUUCUGCUGACCAUCGCCCUCACCUUCCAGACGAGUGUGGAGUGGAUGCCCUACCUCAGCAUCACCUGUGUGAUCAUUUAUGUCAGCGGACAUGCCAUUGGACCCAGCCCAAUUCCGUAUGUGGUUACCACGGAGAUGUUCCGUCAGUCGUCGCGGCCGGCAGCCUUCAUGGUCGCCGGCUCGGUCCACUGGCUGUCCAACUUCACCGUGGGCCUGGUGUUCCCCUUCCUCGAGAAAGGACUGGGGUCCUACAGCUUCAUCCUCUUCGCCUUCAUCUGCCUGGCCACACUGGCAUACAUCUGGUGGGUCAUCCCGGAAACCAAAAACAAGACCUUCCUGGAGAUCAGCCAGAUGUUUGCGGAGAGAAACGGGGCGGAGAUCCUGGUGGGCACCGAAGACCUGGACCUGAAGGAGGCGAAGCCCGGCAGCAGCUGGCAGGAGGAGACGAAGGUCACGGCCUUCUGAGGGAGGAGACAACACCAGGAGGAGGGGAAGGUCACGACCUUUUGAGGGAGGAGACCACACCAGGAGGAGUCGAAGGUCAUGACCUUCUGAGGGAGGAGACAACACCAGGAGGAGGAGAAGGUUACAGCCUUCUGAGGGAGGAGACAACACCAGGAGGAGGAGAAGGUCACGGCCUUCUGAGGGAGGAGACCACACCAGGAGGAGUCGAAGGUCACGACCUUCUGAGGGAGGAGAGCACACCAGGAGGAGAGUGGCUGGCGCCCCUUGGUGUGUUUAUACAGUAUGUUGAGUUCGGAUAGAGCAGAGAUGUGAUCACCUUGUUGGUUCCUCCUUUUUUGGAUUACUAUGGAGUGCAGGAAUAUUGUUUUGUGUAUUUAUCUGUAUCAUAAGUUUUUAUGACUUGAUUACAGGGGCUGGGGUUGGGGUUCAGAAAGAUUAUCAAUGGGGGAUAAAUGAUUAUUUUUCCAGUUUUAUGGUAAUCAUCUUCCAUGUACCUUUUGGAGGGUUGGGGUAGGAUUUGGAUUAUUUGCAGUCAAUUUAUGUAAAUGUUGCACAUACUGUAUCUCAUUUAGGCAUUUUUGAGGAGGGAUUCAAACCCUGAACCCCCCCCCCCCCCCCCCCGGCUAUGUCUAUGGUGUGCAUAUUUGCAUUUUUCCAGCCAUGAAUGUUUUCACAUACAACUGAUAACAGUUACCGCCAGUGAGCAUCACAAGCCACUGCAGGCACAGGACUCUUCAACUAAUCUGAUGGUAUUAAGAACAAUGUAAUGUAAUCUCAAGGGUUUUCAUUUAUGCAGGCUAAUGCACCCAAAAGCAGCAACACGCUGCUGUAGAUUUCUUGUCAAGACAACAACAGAUUAUUGUUUGCAUUAGUACUUGUGCAUUACGUUUAACUUUUUCACAUUUAAACUUGUACUUUUAUGUUCCAUUAUUAAACAACAAUGGAAAUAUUUAAUUUCUUUGCUCAAAGAGCAGGCAUUGCUGGGAGCAUCAUGAGCGAGUCCUUGUACUGUAUAUGUGUUGAAGUAUUAGCAGUUCUAUAGUAUAAUUACUAUAUCUAUGUCACAUUACUGAAAUAAUUACUGAGAUUAAUUUACUGGUUGCACACCGUUGUCAUGGCUUGUCACUGAUUCUUUGAGCACACAGCUGCUUGCAAGUAUAACAGUGAAAACAGAGGUGAAAUAAAGUUUUAUUUUCAAAAA